GGUCUAUAAACACUGUCUCAAACUGUUCAUUCCUGGAUGACGGUUACUGAUGAGAAAACCUCUCCCACCCAAACAGCCAACUAAUGUUUGUCUGCUUCAGUUCCCUUCUCUUAUUAUGUGUGAUGAGUAUAUAACACCGCAUGGUUCAAAACACAUGUGAUUAUUUAUCAAAGAAUUCAACAACGCCAAACAGGUGACCUUACGAACAGAGUGAAGGCGGAAGAGAGCUGGCCUCCGUCUUCCCCCUCACUAACGAGGCUGUAUUCGGCAGACGUAGGGGUUCCGGUGACGUAUGAAACUGUCUUGAAGCAGACAAUGGGAAAGACGACUGCGCGGGAAAGACGCCUGUAUGCGGCUGACGGAAUUAGCCAGGUGGGAAAUGGGCGGCACAGUCAGCGCUCCACCGGGACGCUUUGCCUGGGGCAGCCACCAGGAGGCGCGCUCAGCAUGACGUCGCUCGCGGGGAGGACGCCGGUCGCCGUGGAAACUGAGGGCGUGGCUGCCGGCGGAGCGGCUUUGCAGUGGAAACUUUGGAUGGCUGCUUGCCUGUCUUCUUAGACUACCUGCCCAAGGAGGGUACACUCCGGUGGGAUUAAGGUGUAUCUUCAAUAGUGAACCAGCACAAUGGAAAACACAGGGAAGACAAAUAAAAAAGACACACCAGAUAAGCCAAAGGAAAACAAACUGCCUACAAGUGAAGCCCUUCUAGACUAUCACUGUCAAAUAAAGGAAAAUGCAGUGGAACGAUUCAUGUUUCAAAUAAAAAAACUUAGAGAAAGGAACCAAAAGUAUCAUGAAAGAAACAGGCACUUGAAGGAUGAACAAAUUUGGCACAUACAGAACCUACUAAAGGAACUAAGUGAAGAGAAAUCAGACACAUUACCAGCUGUAUCAAGGGAGGAUGUUGAAGAAGCGAUGAAAGAGAAAUGGAAGUUUGAAAGAGAUCAGGAAAAAAACUUAAAAGAUAUGCGCACACAAAUAACUAACACUGAGAAGCUAUUUAUUGAAAAGCUUGGUGAAAAGGAAUAUUGGGAAGAGUACAAGAAUGUAGGGAGUGCGCAACAUGCUAAACUCAUUACUUCCUUACAAAAUGACAUCAACAGAGUUAAAGAGAAUGCAGAGAAAAUGUCAGAACAAUAUAAAAUCACUCUGGAAGAUGCUAGAAAGAGAAUAAUCAAAGAAACUUUGUUACAACUGGACCAAAAAAAGGAAUGGGCUACACAGAAUGCCGUCAGACUGAUUGACAAGAGCAGUUAUCGAGAGAUCUGGGAAAACGACUGGCUGAAAAAAGAGAUUGCAAUACACAGAAAGGAAGUUGAAAAAUUAGAAAAAAUUAUUCAUGAACUGGAAGAAGAAAAUUUGGUACUUAUUGAUCAACUUUUCAACUGUAGACUUGUGGAUCUCAAAAUACCCAGGCAGUUGUACCUCACUCAAGCUGCUGGGCUCAAAGGGCCACCUGAAAGGAAGCCUUUGGAGCUGCCGGCAAUCUGUCCAGAGAAGUCAAAAGUGCGACCCAUGGAAGUAGAAAGCAGAGCUACGACAGUCUCAUUAGCUGAGAGCAGUACUCUCUACCUUAGCUUGCAAGAUAGCAUCAGAGAUGCCCGGCAUCUGAAGAUGGAGGAGGAGGAGGAGGAGGAGAAGGAGGAGCUCACAAGCCCAGAGUUCGGAAGUUCUGAUAUGAAGUAUUUGCUUUACGAGGAUGAGCAGGAUUUCCGGGAAUAUGUCAAGUUAGGUCCCCUGGAAGUAAAACUCAUGUGUGUGGAAGGCAAGAAAAUGCCCAUUCAUCCUCAAGACAAAGAUGCUCCAAUCAAAUUCCACGAAGAUGUCAGAAGCCCAGAAAGUUGCAUCACCUAUAAGAUGGUGAAGUCUCUUCUCUAA